AGGAACAGAAAAAACUUCGGCGCCACCUGCAGGGAAACCUUUGACGUCAUUGGUCAGCGAUCUUUCAUGCAGUUCAGAAAGUGCACCAAAGUGUGAUGAUCCAACUAUGCCUCGCUGGCUACAAAAGAAGAUAUCUGCAAAUCAAGAGCAGCCUCUGGUUUCCAAUUGUGGAAAUCAAUAUGAUACAUAUCCAGAUGAUGCUGAUGUCAUGGACAAUAAUAAAGUGAGCUCUAUUGAUUCAAAAGAAGUUCUAAAAGAUGAAGUUAAAGAAAAACCUAGUUUUUUAAGGAAGAAUGUGACUUUGUAUAAAGGGUUGUUUUAUUCAUCGAUGUCAAGUGUCUUUUUUUCAUUGUCAUCUGUGAUUGUAAAAUAUGUAAAAGAUAUAUCUCCAGCUGAAUUGGCUGUUUUAAGGUUUACAGGAAUACUUAUAUUCACCCUUCCUCUUGUGAUAUUCAGCAGAGAAGAGCCAUUUGGACCAAGACCAGUGAGACAUUUGUUAAUUUUUCGAGGCUUGGUCGGCGCAACCAGCUUAUUUUUGAGAUUUGUUGCAUUUAAAAAGCUACCCAUUGCAGAUGCAUCAGUAAUAAUUUUCAGCAUUCCAGUCUUUGUUGCUGUGUUGGCCAGAAUUUUCCUAAAAGAACCCUGUGGAUUUUUUCAUGCAUUUACUGUAUUUUUAACCCUUCUUGGUAUAGUACUAAUAACAAAGGUGCCUGUCAUUUUGGCUGAUGAAUUAUUUCACUACAGCAUUGAUCAUGUGUAUGGAGUUCUGGCUGCACUUGGAUCGACUGUUUUUGGAGCCAGUGUAUAUGUUGUUAUAAGAAAAAUGACUGGUGUACAUCAUGCUAUAAUUAUGUUUAAUUUUGGAUGGGUUGCUAUUCUGGAAACUACACUUCUGACAUUUAUUACAGGAAAAUUUACUGCUCCAGCCUGUGGACUGGAACAGUGGCUGGUGAUAUUACUUGGAAUAUUUAGCUUCUGUGGCCAAAUGCUUUUGACCUUAGCCUUGAAACAAGAACAUGCAGGUCCUGUAGCCAUUGUACGAGCAGCAACAGAUAUUGUUUUAGCUUUCAUCUGGCAAAUAUGGUUCUUCAAUGAGAUUCCAGAUGCCUACAGUAUUUCAGGCGCUAUCCUCGUUAGUUCAUGUGUUGUGCUGAUAAGUCUACGAAAAUGGAUUAUGUCCUUACCUGAACAUUCAUCUAUUAGAAAAAAAGCAUAUUUAUUAACUAUUUAAUUUCAAUAAACGUUAUGCUGCCAAGAAGAUAAAAUGCAUACAAUUUCUCAGAAUGAAAAAUAUUUUGAAACACAUUUAUGAUUUGCAUUAAGUUUACGCAUUGUAAAAUAAUAAUAAAAAAAAAAGAAUAUGCCAUAUGAUGGUAAUAAGAAUUCAGAGAUAUUGAAAGCUAUGAAUAUAGUGUAAUUAAAAUAAUAGACUCUAACUAAUAUAAAAAGAUCUUGAAUAUAUUUAACAAUUAAUAGUUCUCUGAAGUCCUAAUAAAUUAUAAAUAUUAUCUAAAAUUGUUUUAAAAUUAUAUAAAUUAGUUGUUAGAAAUUUUGUCACAUCUGUAGUUUUCAUUUUUAACUUUAUAAUAUAAAGUUUAUUUAUUUUAAACUUAGUGUUUUAGACUUACUUUAUAAAGUGCUAGUCUGGUGUGUUACCAUUUUUAUUAUUUUAAUAAAAAAAAGUAUAUGCAUACUGAAGUGCAUUAUUGAAUUAAAUGUACUAGUAUUGAAUAAUUUUAUGAUAAGUUGAAAAAAAUUUAAGUCAAGGCCUGUUUUAAAUUUUUUAAUUGAUAAAAUAUUCACUUUUUUAUUUUAAUUGAACCAUUUUGACAAGCCAUAGAUAUAAAAGUAUUUUGUAAUGGGAAUUCUGAAAGUAGUUUAUUUUUUAGGAAACAAAAUAAAUGUUAAGUUUUUUUUUAGCAGUAUAUCACAUUUUGCAGUAUUUAUUUUCACUUAGUGCCUUCAACUAAAAUUCAAUAAGAAAUUAGAUUAAAAUGGAAUUUAAUCAUUGUCAGAAUCAAAUUAAUAGAUUACAUUAAGAGAAAUCUGUUAUUUAAUAAAUUCUUUGUUACUGAUAUUAAUUCAUAUUUUCAUUAUGUCUACUUCUUUCUAAUUUAAAUAUAAUUUUUUUUUAUUAAUGGGAUAACAAUUAUGUGAUACGGUAAUUUUAAAAAAAUGAAUGAAAAAUAGAAUACAGAUUUUACAUCCUAUUUGUUAGAGUUGUCAUAAUACUUCUUUUAUUUUUAAGAAUACUUGAGCAGUUUGCAUAUAAUACUGAAGAAUAACGUUUGGUGAUGUUUGCCAUUUUAAUUUAAAAUGUUUGUGAAAAAAUGCUCUUGUUCGUUUCUGGUUGUGUUUCAUUCUUAAAGGUUGUUUUAAUAUUCUGAUCCUGCAUAAUACAGAUUGUGUUAAGUUAAAAAGAAACAGAUUAAUGUAUAUUGUAGGAAUUUAGCAUUUAUAAAGUAAGGGGAAAAUAUUUCUUAAUUAGAAAUGUAUAUUUAUUUUCUGAAAUUUAUGUAUUUCUUUUUAAUUUUUGAGAUAUUGUUUAUUAUAUAAAUUUAUUCUAUUUAAAAUUUCAUUGAGCUUCCAACAGAAUUGCAGAAUUUGGUGUUGCAUACUAAUUGUUUUGUUGUUAUGAACAGUAAUCAUGCUUAAAAGAAAGUAUGAUUCAAAUUGUAAAUAACUUAUUUUAAGAGCUGUAUAUAAUAUAAUUUUUUGUUCUUUAGUCUAAUAAUUUUUUAAAUAAAUACUCAAUGCUUAUGGUAAAUAAAAUAUUUUCUAAAAGAAUUUUUGGCAUGUUAAUAUUUUAUAUAGUUUGAUGGAGUCCGAUAAUUAAACUCUUUUUAUCUUUAAAAUAUCAGCUUUUAAAAAGUGCAAAUUUAAAGUUAUCUAAUCUUUCAUUUUUCAUUGCUCUUAAAAUAUUGGAAGUCGUUUUAAUUAUAUAUUAUGUGUGUCUGCCAAUGAAAACCUGUUUGUUGUAAUUUUAUUUAUAUUCUGUCAUGAUUGACUGAUAUUUAUCAUUGAUUAAUGAGAAAAUGUUAGAUUUGUACAUUAUUGCAAUCUUUUGUUAUAUCAAAUGAUUUCAUUGAUAUACUGUGUAAUCUGCCUGUGAUAUUAUUUUAAUUUGUGAUUGAUUGAAUUUUCUUUCAUCGUAGGUUAUAUAAACAUAAUAUAUCAAAUACUUUAUAUCGAAUUGUCUCCAAUGUUCAAAUAUGCUGAAGAAAAAGCAUAAUAAAUACCUGUGAUAGUAA